AUGUCGGUAGAUCCCGUUAUCGCAGCUGCAGAGCUGGAGGACGAGCCCUACGAUUCGGCUGAAGACGAAGAUUUCCAAUUGGAGGCUGUCCAGGACGACUCUGACCUGUCCUCCGACUCGGACGCCGAACCCGCGAAGAAGAAGCGCAAGACCGAUAAGAAGUCAGAUGCACCCGCUGAAGACCUUGAUUCUGGAGAUGAAGUCACAAUCAAGAAGGCUCAAGAGAAGCGGGAAAAGCGACGAAAGAGAAACGCCAGGGGCAAAAAUGCGCGCGACGACGACCUUGACUUGUCGGAUGAUGAUGAAGGGGGCACAGGCGGUUUUGUACGGACACGUGCAAUGAGGGAGAAAAUACAGGAGGAGCGGGAGCGCAGACCGUUGGCUCGAAUCGAUGGCGCGACUGUGGACGUUGACGAACUGUGGGCGCAGAUGAACACCCCUGGAAACGAGCUGGGCUUGCGGCCAAGCCAGAUCAAACACGACAACGAACCGACCCCAGAGGUUGAUCACACAGCCGACUCGAACACGCAGGACCAGAGAGCUCCAGAGCCGGAAAAUAAUCCGCGCCAUAUCCACACCCCACAAAUGAUCAAGAUCAAGCGUACCUACAAGUUUGCCGGCGAGAUGAUCACGGAGGAGAAGGUUGUACCAAAGGACUCCGCGGAGGCUAAAGCGUUUUUGUCUAGUGGUGAGAACGUCGAAUACGCCGAGGUGGAAGAUGCAGCCGCGAAUGUUGCGCCAAACCUGCGUCGUCCCUUACGCAAGAUCUCUCGCUUCGACCCUAACCCGACCGGCUUGAUCAAGAAGAACUGGGAGAAGCAGUCGGUGGAAGCGGGCGGGGACAAGGCAACUGGCCCCAAGAUCAACACGGUGGAGAAGUCUCGACUCGACUGGGCCCAAUAUGUGGACCAGGCUGGAAUCAAGGACGAGCUGCGGGUACACAGCAAGGCUAAAGAGGGAUAUAUUAAUCGUAUGGACUUCUUGGGUCGUAUGGAGGCGAAGCGAGACGAGGAGGCUCGCCAAGCUCGCCUCAAGGGCAUGUGA